CAAACCUGUUAUAAAUCUUUAAAUAUCACGCACUUUAAAUGUGUCGGAAUGGGAAAUUUUGUAUUUGAUUUUUUAAAUGUCCCUUUCUCAAUAGCAACACUGCGCGAUGAAAACAAACACGAAAUUUGAUACCAAAAAUAGGCAAUAAUAAAAUAUAACUAAACGCAAGACGAUAAACUGAAGCAAACAGAAAACAAAUAAUGUAAAAUAAAGGAAUCUCCUGCAUUUUCACAGCAUCUUAACUCUAAUUGGAAAACUAUAAAUUUCAAUUAUUUUACUAGAAUUGACUUAGAAAGAAAUGUUUAUAUAGUGAAUUUGUAUGUACAUAUAUUAUUUAUGAAUGGAAAAUUGUGAUUUUUAGACAGGUUGAAGAAAACGCAUAAGUUCAUGUAUUUCUUAAAUCGAAUGCAUCAAAAGCGAAAAAUUACCAAUAAGAAUUUGAAUUUUUCACCGACUUUUGUUAUCAUUAUAAAGUGAAGGUUUACAAAUUUACUAUCAGAGUUAAAUUUGUGUCUUUAUAAACACUAUUACGUGCUGAAGACUAUUUAAUAUAAAAUGUCACACUAAAAGCGAAAACUUUCGUUGUAAACAAAGCUAAAUUGCAUACACGAAAAAUCUCCAAUGGGAGCCCCAAACACUAAGUAAUAAAAAAGAAACUAUUACCAUUAACUCGCCGAUUUUGUGUUACUUAUAUAAAUUUCUCAGCUCUCAGCGAAUUGUUGUUCCAACGCGCUCUCCUAUAAUGCCCCCUUUGCGCCAAAAAGUGGUGUUUUGCGUUCUCUGACAUUUGGAGCUGUCAUAUUGACAGUCGUGUGCGGUAGGUGAUUGCUUGUGCAUUUGUGAAACGCUUCUUGCCAUCAUCAUUUUCAAAGUUAUUUUGUGCUAUCUAUUGUGUAUUGUGGCUUAAAAAUGUUGCUGGCAUACAAAUUAUAAAUUAUUUUAACACAAUUGCGUUUUUUACGAAGUUUUUAAACGAAAAGGCACAUCAACUACCUAUUUGAUGCUCACUACAAUGCCACUUGAAAAGCAAUAAAAUUGAAAGAAAAAAAAAAUGAUGUUUUAGUGGGAGGUAACUUGAACAAAGCACACAUAGAUACAAAGUGAAAGUGUUUAUUUUUGCGUGUACAAAAUAUCUGUGAAUUUAAAAGAAUUGCAACUAAUGUGUAACUAAGAACAAAGCUUUUAUUUUUGUGCAAAACCACCGUCCAGUGAAUAUUUAGUCUUCCUGCCUUCUUAUUUUGUUAUAAUCUGUGAAUUGUGCAAAAAAAUUGCAGUUACUGCUGACCCCUCCCUCUUAACGGUACUUAAUUUUUCGACCAUUAGCCCCAUAUAGUGUCGAGUGCUUUCGCAGAAAUUAAAUAAAAUAAAUCGUUUGCGAAUUUUAUAGAAAUUAAAACCGCAAACUUUCGAAGGGAGAGGAUACUCAAAAAUUUAAUCAAAAUGUAUCGCAUUGGACCGAUUAGUCGUAAAUCGAAUUUUCAUUUGCGUGAAAAAUGCCUUAUUGCUUUGGUGUUAGCUACGCUAUGCCUACUCUGUUUCGGUGGUAUAUUCCUCCUUCCCGAUAAUUUUGGCGGUGAACGCGUUCUACGUGUUUAUAAGCAAUUCCAAAAAGCCGGUCCUGAAAUGUUCAUACCGGCACCACCACUCGCUGCACACGCACCAAAAGACGCAGAUCCACAUUUUAUGGGCGACCGUCAGAAAUUACAAGCUAAAAUCAAAGAAGAAUUAGGUGAAAUAUUAGAUAAGCCAGAACUGCAGCAGCAGCAGCAACAACACCAACAAGACGCUGGUUAUGAUGGCGAGGAAAUGGGCGUAGGCGAUGAUGGACAACAGCAACAACAAGGUGCCGCACCACCUUUAAAUGGGGAAGGACCACCUGAAAGUGUAGCUACCGCCGGAAAAGGACAAAACGGCAACAAUGAAGACGCGGCAGCACGCAUGGAUAACAACAAUUUACCAGUGGGAAAAAUUGCUAGUUUGACAAUCAGCCCCAGCGCAAACGCCGAUCCGGAUUCAAAAGUGGAAGAGAAGCGUCAGAAAGUUAAAGAGGUAAGUCUUCAAUACAAAACAAUGUGCUGUUAUCUUUCAAGUAUCUAUUACGAUGAUAAGUUCUAUAAAUCAUUGUAAUAAGAAAAGGUAAAUAUUUCAAUGUACUUGUUAUAUAAAGU